GACCGAAAAGUGCAAUUGAUCUUCUGGUGCACAACGCUAAUGAACUGUCAUGCGUGAAGCAAACCCGACCGAACGACACCAUGGAUGGAGAAAACCGUAUCAUACUCAACGUCGGAGGCAUAAGGUAUGAGACGUACAAGGCCACACUGAAGAAGAUUCCCGCCACACGACUGUCGCGACUGACGGAGGCCCUAGCGAAUUAUGAUCCCGUGCUGAACGAGUUCUUCUUCGAUCGCCAUCCGGGCGUGUUUGCGCAAGUCCUCAACUACUAUAGAACCGGCAAGCUGCACUAUCCGACCGACGUUUGUGGACCGCUGUUCGAGGAGGAGCUAGAAUUUUGGGGCCUCGAUUCGAACCAGGUCGAGCCGUGCUGCUGGUCCACGUACAGCGUGCAUCGAGACACACAGAGCACGCUCGCGAUACUGGACAAAUUGGAGCUUGACGACGAGCAGCCAUCCGAGGAGGCCAUCGCACGGUUGUUCGGCUUCGAGGAGGCGUUAUUGAACGGUGAGCUAACCUGCUGGCAGCGAACGAAGCCAAAAAUCUGGGCCCUGUUUGACGAACCGUCGAGUUCGGCCGCCGCCAAGAUCGUAGCAGGCAUCUCGGUGUUCUUCAUCUGCAUUUCUGUGAUAUCCUUCUGCCUAAAGACGCACCCGGGGCUGCGUGUGGAAAUUCCGGCCAUCUUCAACGCCACGACCAACGGUACCGGCGGCAGCGUACUACCCGCCGUUCUAGACGAGCUGCUGCUGGACGAAGGUUCGAGGCCGUUCUACGGUGCACCGUACGCCACCACCGCCAGUGCCACGCUGCCCGAUCAACUGACCCCAACGACUCCCGAGACUCCGACCACACAACGCACCGGACGCAUCGUCUCGAGCGCGUACCGCAUCAACUCGGGCAAGGGAGCCAGCAUCGUCGAGAACUGGCAGGAAACGUACGGCCAGCCGCAUGAGGCAUUUUUCUACGUCGAGCUCGUCUGCAACGUGUGGUUCAUCAUCGAGCUGACCGUUCGGCUCGUGGUGACUCCGAACAUCGUCGAGUUCAUCAAAUCGCCCGUCAACAUCAUCGACCUGGCGGCCACGCUCAGCUUCUACACCGACGUCUGCCAACGGAUGGGCGAACAGACCGGUCUGCUGGAGGCGUUCUCGAUCGUGCGCAUCCUGCGGCUGUUCAAGCUGACGCGCCACUCACCAGGACUGCGCAUCCUGAUCCACACGUUCAAAGCGUCCGCCCGCGAACUGACGCUGCUGGUGUUUUUCCUCGUGCUCGGCAUCGUCGUGUUCGCCAGUCUCGUGUACUACGCGGAAAAGCUGCAGGACAACCCGGACAACCAGUUCAAAAGCAUUCCGCUGGGGCUGUGGUGGGCGAUUGUGACGAUGACCACGGUCGGUUACGGUGACAUGGCCCCAAAAACCUACGUGGGGAUGUUCGUGGGAGCGCUCUGUGCCCUCGCAGGUGUACUGACGAUCGCCCUCCCGGUGCCCGUCAUCGUCAGCAACUUCUCGAUGUUCUACUCGCACACGCAGGCUCGGUCAAAGCUGCCGAAAAAGCGACGUCGCGUGUUGCCGGUAGAGCAGCCGCGAAGGAAGCGCGACAUGGGCGCGGCCAACCGGCGGGUGAACGCGCUCAAGCACCAACACACACAGCCGACGCAUCCCGCCAUCUUUAAGGACGCUUUCGGUGGGGCCAAAAUCGGACACGUGAACGGCGUGAAUGUGAUAGGACUCACGCUGCAAGGACCUUCCGUGCCGGGGCUGGCCGUUCUGAAGCCACCCUCCGUGCUACAGCAAGGUGAUUUCAUCAACGUGCCCCAGCUGAGCUCGCUCCAGCCACGCCAACCGACGACCGGAAAUGUAGAUUUAUUGCUGCCAUUACAGCCGAAAUUGCUCGUUCCGCUGGUUGAGCGGCGGGAAUCGGGCAAACCGGAAGAAAUGAUCCCGCUGGAGCCGAAGGUUACGUUGCAGAGUGACCCGAACGCCUCGUCGGGCAACAACACACCUGGGGACGAAUCGUGA